AUGAUAAAGGAGUUUACCAUGCACCACAUGAAGACCAAUAGCGUUCGGAUAAGCGAGGACGUGGCACAUUAUGUCUGGAAGAGGGGAAUAAAGCACCCCCCAAGAAAGAUCAGGGUGGGAAUGGAGCGUACCGAUGAGGGAUUUGUCUUGGUAUACCUGUACGACAAGGACGAGGCAGCAGCCGAUGCGACACCUGCAGCUGUGGAGCCAACAGAGCCCGAGCUCCCAGAGCAGCCGCCAUCCCCGGCAGGAAGGGGUGGCAGAACUGCCGGAGCCCGAAGCAGAACCGUCAGAACCAGAGGCAGAACCGCUAGAGCCAGAAGUAGAACAGCCAGAACCCCAAGCGGAACCGCCGGCGACCAAGGCAGAACAGCCAGGACCUCAAACGGAACCGCCGGAGACCAAAGCAGAGCAGCCAGAGUCCGAGACAGAUCAGCCAAAGACCAAGACAGAGUAGCCCGCAUCCUCUGCACGGCAGCAGCUCACAGCAUCGUCCGGGUUUGCAGAGUGUUCAAGACAGGUAUCUUACAAAGCAGCGUGGUUCCGGUACAGAUAUUGUGA